GAACCUUCUCAGGUCUCCCAGGCCCUUCCGGACUCCUCUUUCCCCUGCUUUUAUAACCUUCAGCCACUUAGCCUCUGUUUCCCAACAGGCCAAACUCAAGCUUGAAUUCAGCAACCAAGCAAUCUUCUCGUCCUCAACCUUUGCUUUCUACCAACCAUGGCUGCUGCCGCCGCGUCCGCCGUCACAAAUCUCAUUCCUUCCACUCCCUCGUCGUCCCUUUUCUCCAGGCAGAACUUGAGACCCCACAGGCUCGUGGUAUCUUUCCCAAUGAAGCACCCUCGUUCCUCCAUCGUCGCUUCCGCCGCACCUGAAAACAAGGAAGGCUCCGCCGUCGAGGUGCACGUCGACCAGAACGCCAACAAGAAAGGCGCCGCCGUCGAGCGGCGGCCCCGCCGCUCCACUCUCGACAUCUCUCCUUUCGGGAUUGUGGAUCCGCUGUCGCCGAUGAAGACGAUGAGGCAGAUGCUGGAGACGAUGGACCGGAUCUUCGAGGACGCGAUGUCGUUCCCGGGAUCGGGUCGGACGUCGGUGGGGGAGGUGAGGGCGCCGUGGGACAUCAUGGAGAACGAGAACGAGGUGAAGAUGAGGUUCGACAUGCCGGGGCUGUCCAAGGAGGAGGUGAAGGUGUCUGUGGAGGAUGACGUUCUGGUGAUCAGAGGAGAGCACAAGAAGGAGGAGGAGGGAGGAAGCAAAGGAGAGGAUACGUGGUGGAGGGGAAGGAGCACGAGCUCGUACGACACCCGGAUGCUGCUGCCGGACAACUGCGACAGGGACAAGGUGAAGGCAGAGCUCAAGAACGGGGUGCUGCUGAUUACCAUCCCCAAGACCAAGGUCGAGCGCAAGGUCAUUGACAUUAACAUCCAGUGAAACGCCUAGUUUUUCUUUAGUUUUCUUUGCGAGUCUAUUAUAUCUUGGUGAACUUCUUAUCUUUAUGUAAAGAAAAAGAAAGAGAACGGGUUUUUGUUUCUUUGAUCUGUUUGGAGUCCAUGUUUGUGUUGUUCCAUCUUUGUCUACAUGUCGAGAAAUCAUUGGCCGAGGCCUGCAACUCUGGCCUAUAGAUAUUCUAGUGCUGUUGUGCUUUAAGCUGCUCGACCAUUGCUAAUUAUUCAGGUUAGCCUUAUAUGGUGGGUUCAACCAUCUAUAUGUUUUAGGUCAUUAUUCAAUUAUUAAAAGUGCCAUGUAAUGUUAUUUAUUAUCAGUUUUAAUAUUAAAAGUACUUUCUCUUGUAAAUGUUAAA